CUACGCGGGCGGGGCGUGGCUUCCGCCCGGCCCGCAGCAGCAUGGCGGAGGACGGGGAGCAGGCGGCGGUGUCGCCGCAGGGGGAAGCCGGGGAGGAGGCUGCGGAAAGCGGGGCUGCGGCGGCGGCGGCGGGUGCUGCCGACCCAGUGCCUCCCGCGGCCGGCUCGCCAGGCACCGAAGAACCGGCCGGCGACGCCAAGAAGAAAAUUGACGUGCUGCUGAAGGCCGUGGGCGACACCCCCAUCAUGAGGACCAAGAAGUGGGCCGUGGAGCGCACCCGCACCAUCCAGGGGCUCGUCGACUUCAUCAAGAAGUUCCUCAAGCUGAUGGCGUCCGAGCAGCUGUUUAUAUAUGUAAAUCAGUCUUUUGCUCCAUCUCCAGACCAGGAAGUUGGGACACUCUAUGAGUGUUUUGGAAGCGAUGGCAAGCUGGUGCUGCAUUAUUGCAAAACCCAGGCAUGGGGGUGAAAGACAAGCAAUACAGUUGCAUAGGUGUGAUCUUCAAAAAUGGAAGAGGAACUAACUUUCUUAAACUCAACUGUAAAUGCACAGAAAAAAUGGGGUUUGGAUUUCUGCUUGUGACUGUAUACUGAUAAAAACAGCGGCAGUUGAAUAGCAUGAAAGAAGAGCUACCAAGGUUACCAUUUGUGUAGCUUUUUUCCAAUGUACACUUUGGGUACAGAAAAAAAUUCUGCAUCAGCUAUCUGUAGAACGGAGCCAGCUCUCCUGCUUCUGAGUUCCCAAUUGCUGUACAUGAAGGGAAGCUUUUUCAAAGUUGUCUUCAGGACUGGUCGGCACUGUCACUGUAUAUGGUGUAUGGAAAAUAAGGUUUCCUUUUAAUUAAAAAGGGAAGUGAAUUGCACAUACAGCCUGGUAUUCAGUUUGCUUCUCACAUGUUGUACAUCUGUUGUAUGCAUUCUGUAUGUUAUGGACUCUUCACCUUGAACAUAAGUUAUCUCACUUCAAGAAAGUAUUUUGAUUUUUUUUCUCAUAAUUAAUAUGCAGGUAUUGGUAAAUAACCUUGCUCUAUGCCUUUUUCACAUUGGCAGUCUAAGUACCUUAUUUAUAUGGCACAGCAUAAUGAUACAGCAUGCCUCAGAAAUAUGCCCUCCUGCCAAACUGUACAGAACGUUGUACAAGGCUGAACACCUCAGCAGUUGCCAGGAUAUUUUAUUUCUGGCAUUGUUUAAUGAGUAGCAAAACUUGUUGUGUUAAUGAAGGAAUAGACAUCAGGUGCUAAAAACCUACUUUAUAUUUAGUCCUUUUGGCUGCUGCUCUUAUUCUGCUUCACCAGUUGCAUGUUUCAUCAACAAAAUAGAAUUCACUUUAUGUCCUUGUGCUAAGCCAUAACGUAACAAGGAUUCAUUAUUUUUUUCACCUUAGAGAGGACUUGGUACUUUGACUAGGGUGCCAACCUCUCCUUUUAUUUAUUGGAGGGUUUGGGAGGUGUGGUGGUUUAUUGAGUUUUUUUUUUUUUUUUUUUUUUUUUAAGUUUGCUGUUUUUUAUUUUAAAUUGUUUGUGCUAUCUUCUAUGUAUGUCUAAUAUGCGUGGUUCUUAUGUGGUCCCUUGCAACCAACAUGCUAAAUUGUUUCCACCCUUAGAGGAAUUCUGGAGAACUAGUGCUUGGUUUAAGUUAGGGGUGCUGCUGCUAUUUCCAUGCAGCCAAGCAUGUGGCACAUGCCCCAGAUGUCUAAUACUUGCUAUGAGAAUAAUGACUUUUUUAGUGGAAAACCUACAUAAGAAUCCAUUGGAUUCAGCUAACAGUGCAGAAUUUUGUAGUUUUUCCCGUUCAGAACCCUGAUGUCAUGAAUCUUUGCUGAUUUAACAGAACUAGUGCAGAGGUGAGCACUCUGAUUCCAUCCUCCUGAAGAAAUUGCCUGUUUGGUUACUGUAAAGCCAGUGUAACCUUGUACAGCCACCAGAGGGUACACAAGGACAAAUAUGUUUGCUUUUUUUUUUUCUGGAUUUUUUUUCCAAUCUUUUUCAUAAUACGUCCACUUGCCUACUUUAGAAAUGUGUAAGCAGUUUGUUCUCCUGUGUGGCAGUAUGUUUGCCUAAGAUAAGCCAAUAGUCUGGCAGGUCUGUUGGUGCCUUUUACCUUAUUUGAUCUUAACAAAUGAAACUGUUUGAUGCAGUGCAAAUGUGCUCUGUAGGAUUGAUGCAAGAACUUUGUUUUGUGUGUGUUUAGGGUUCUUUCAUUUUUUUUUUUUUAAUAAAAUAAAAAUUCACUAGGAUCUGGAAGUGAAGGAGGACUAUAGGUCACCAUAUCUUGCCAGCUAAUGUUAGAGGGUUGUCCUUCAUGUUGAAUCUAUAGAUAAAUUUUAUGUUUGAGUUUUAAAAAAAAAUGUUUGCAUCAAUUCCUUCGGGGGUAACAGUCCAGUAAAUAAAGCCCACAGAAGUAGUUUGGAUUGCUUUUAUUCACCACAUUCAUUUUUUAAUUUGGACAACUUAACCAUACAGGUUUGAAUUAUGCAUUUAUUUAAAAUUCAGUACGUUCCUUGUGCCAUACUCAUUACUUGUUCCAACACUGUUCUUUCUAAUGCAAUUUCUAAUGUUAGUUUGCAGAUAUUUAGUCACUUCAUUAAUUUAAGAAACUUCCUCAGAGACUUUAAUUCCACUUUAUUUUGAUUUUUGUCAGAUUCUGAGACUCGGAAGUCAUUAAACCGCCUUUCUUGUAACAAUUGAAGCACCACAUUGAAUCUAUGUCAAAAUAGUGCACUACUUGCAGAAUUCAUUUUAUCAUACUACAAUAAGCCACAAGGCACAAUGUUACCUUAAAAAAAUCACAGUUUGUGUGGGUUUUGGGUGUAUCCAUCGGAAGUGUGGGCACUCUUGAUGGACAAAGCAAAUACUGCCUAAUGUGUAUGGUGAACAGCCAAAAACAGAAUCAGGAAAGAAAGCUAAAAGGAGCUCUAUUCCUACCUACGGGCAGGGCUAAUAGUAUUUAAUUGUUCUUGAUACGUGUUUGAUUAGAAAAACAUCAGUAAUGAUGAAUACUCACAAAGUCGUCGGGCACUGUCUUCUAAUUAAUACUACUAUAUUACUUUUGAGGGAUUUUUCCUGCUGCCCUGCUGCUGCCAAUAUAUAUGUAUGACUUGCAA